AUGCAACUGGGAGAGUCGGGGACUAGCUGGACAUCACCAUUUGUUGUGGAUGGUGAAUUCUGCGUGGCAACCCUUCGGGAUAGAAUUGAAAGGGCUUCCUUCCCGGUAUGCGACGGUGUAUUCCCAUGGCUCAAGACAAUCCCAUUAAAGGUAUUGGGUUUUGUGUGGCGGGCAAAACAAAAUCGUAUUCCUUCGGCUGAAGCUCUUAAGAACAGAGUUGCACUGCCUUCGACUUUAUGUAGUGCUUGCAGUGAGGUGGAUGAAUCGGGGGACCAUAUUUUGGUGUCAUGCUCCAUAGCGAAGGAGGUAUUCCAGUCGAUUUUCCAAUGGUGCAAGAUUUGGGCAUGUGAUUUUCAAUCAGUCUCAAGUAUCCAUGGUCUCAAGUAUCCAUGGUUUUGCAUAUAA